AUGUCGACCGCGAAAGUGAAGACCGGCCAGCUCUGGGGCAAGAGCAAAGAUGAACUCGUGAAGCAGCUUGAUGAAUUAAAGACCGAAUUAGGUCAGCUCCGAGUUCAAAAGAUUGCUGGCGGUGCUGCCUCAAAACUUACCAGAAUGUGCGUCAAAAGGGCCUAUACCGAGCAGAUUUUGAAUUGUGCUCUUAAAAGAUUAGUGAGCUGA